AUGGAUCUCUCUGUUGUAAAAAUUGGAAUCUUGACAGGGGAAAAGAAAAAGCUCAAUGAGAUAGUUCAAGUUGAGAUUGAGGGCAGAACUUUCGAAGUGGGGGUGGUGGAAUAUGAAGAUGAACCUUGGUUUCCCUUCGUCUUCGCAAAUGAGAAUGAUCCCUAUGAAUCAGAGUCCGAUGAGAAAAGUUCGUUUAGUGGGAAAUCGGAAGAUGAUGACACAAACGUACCCAAGAAUGAUGAGGAUGAUCACUUCAGGGAUGACUAUAAUCACAACGAGAAUAAGACGGACGACAUGGAACUUGAGGAUGGCGAAAUUCGUCGGGUGGAGUGUGGAGAUGCUCCUACUCCUUCGAUUCCUCCGGCGGGCGGCGCUCUGCAACCGGUAGGUGAGUUAACGGUUGGUGAGCCAAUCGAGGUGGUUGAAGGUGUCGAUCAAAGUUCUCCGGCAAUUGCCUUGGACUCUGAACAGUUGCGUGAGUGCUUUGUGCAUGGGGAAGAGGAACCGACUCCCAUAAAUCCUGUUGUAAAGGAAUGUAACGUCAAUUGUUAUUCUGGGGCAGAUCAUAAGAAAGUGGACACCUCAGAGUGUGGGACUAGAAAUGGAUCGGAGUUGGUGGGUACAGAUACCCAUAUGGAGCCCAUUAAUUUUCCUAUCAACUUGGCCCAAUCAGGUUGUUUUGGGCCUUUUCCCUCCGUUGUCUCAUCUCCCUUAGCAAAUAAUUCUAAUCUCAUUGCCGGUGACAAGCCCUUGAAAUGUCGGACAUCUGCCAAACGUAAAAGGUGCCAUAGCUCCAUGUCUGGGUGUAAUCUAUCCCCAAUCAAUCUUUUCCCUGACUUCGCUCCGGACAUGGAAUUUCCGCAACACAACCCUCAAUCAUCCUUCAAUAUCGCCGUGAGUAUGAACCCAGAUCAUCCUAUCGAUCAUCAAACUUCUCACACAUGCCCCGCUUCAGCUGAUCCCGACCUAAACUUGAAUCCAGGGUUGGCGCCUUCAUUUGUGGUUCCAGAAAUUGAAGCUACAGCAGUUAUGGGAGCCAUAAUCGGUUUCGACAUUCAGCCAGACAAUCCGGUGUUGGUCGAAGUCCUUAGUGGCAACGGUGAGCAAGAAGGUCUACAAUGA